AUGGAGACCCAGAGGGACAGUUGUUCCCUGGGUAGAUGGUCACUGUUGCUACUGCUACUGGGCCUGGUGAUCCCUCUGGCCACCACUCAGACCCUCAGCUACAAGGAGGCCGUACUCCGUGCCGUGGAUGGCCUCAACCAGCGGUCCUCAGAUGAGAAUCUCUACCGCCUCCUGGAGCUGGACCCGCUGCCCAAGGAAGACGAGGACCCAGAUACCCCAAAGCCUGUGAGCUUCACGGUGAAGGAGACUGUGUGCCCCAGGACAACACAGCAGCCACUGGAGGAGUGUGACUUCAAGGAGAAUGGGCUGGUGAAACAGUGUGUGGGGACAGUUGUCUUGGACCCGGCCAAGGACUACUUCGACAUCAGCUGUGAUAAGCCUCAGCCUAUCAAGAGACGGCACUGGUUUCCCUUAUCUUUCCAGGAGUUUCUUGAACAGCUUAGGAGAUUUCGUGACCAACUCCCUUUUCCCUGAUGUAGGUUCUUUCUAGGGUCCUAGGGUCUGCUUGUUCUGGCUGGGCUUCUGGACCCUGAAAAAUAAAUUCUUGUUGAAGCAACUUC